UCGACCAAUCAGACGGCGCGUUUGUCUGUGAUCGAAUCGCGCUCGGCCAAUCACAGGCUUUGUUUUGGCUAACCGCUACCAGACCGAAGCUAGGCAGCUGUACUGAAACUCCAAAACUUCCAUCAUCAUCAAGCAAACGGAAACAAAGCGUUGCCCCCCCCCCCCCCGGAGAACUCUGUCAAAAUGCCUCAGACCAACAAGUCAGCGAGCAGUGGUGGCGCACAAGGACAGGUGUCGUCUCCAGACCAGGGCGAGCCCCCCCCGCCGCCGUCACCGCCACCACAGGAAGUCAGGGCCCCGGUGGCGGCUGGAGACGGGGGGGCAGCUGGAGGAGCAGCUGCAGACGACCAGGGAGACGCAGAGAUCAUCAGGUCACCCAGCGACCCCAAGAAAUACAGACCCGGGUCGUCUCACCUGUCGAGCGCCUCUCUGAAAUACUUCCUCUGCACGUCGAACUGGAAGAUGGUUCUCUCGCAGUCGGUGGAGGCGUUGUCGCUGCCGCCGUGCUUCUUCAGGAAGGCGUCGAAGCCGUUCUCCGCCGGCUCGUCGAAGUCGCUGUCCUGCUCUUCUUCUUCGUCCUCCUCCUCGUCCUCGUCCGACCCCUCGCCGGAGUCUCCUUCCUCCUCAGCUUUCGCCUCUCCCUCCUCGUCCUCCCCCUCCUCUGUCUCCGUCUCCCCCUCUCCGUCUUCGCUGCCUCCCUGUCCGUCCCCCCCGCUGAAGUCGGAGAUGAGGAGCGCUCUUUGUUGUUGCAGAGUGAAGCCGCUGCACUACAUCUCCUGGCUGAUCGGACACGAAGGCCCCGGCAGCAUCCUGUCUCUGCUCCGCAGGAAGUGCUGGGCUCUGGCUCUGUUUGGGGGAAACAGUGAGACGGGGUUCGACCAGAACUCCACCUACUCCAUCUUCUCCAUCUCCAUCACCCUCACCAACCAGGGCUACCAGAACUUCUACCAGGUCGUCCAUUUUGUGUUCCAGUACCUGAAGAUGCUCCAGACUCUCGGCCCCCAGCAGAGGAUCUACGAGGAAAUUCAGAAGAUCGAAGCCAACGAGUUCCACUACCAGGAGCAGACGGAUCCCAUCGAGUUUGUGGAGAACAUCUGUGAGAACAUGCAGCUGUUUCCCAAAGAGGACUAUCUGACCGGAGACCAGCUCAUGUUUGAGUUUGACCCGCAGUUUCUACUUCUUCUUCUUCUUCUUCUUCUUCUUCUUCUUCUCCGUCUUCGUCCUGCAGCGACCGACUUCACCCUGAAGGAGUCGGACUGUCCCGACUCCGAGUUUCCGAUCCGGAUCGUGAACAACGAGCGCGGCCGCCUGUGGUACAAGAAGGACAACAAGUUCAAGAUCCCCAAGGCUUACAUUCGUUUCAACCUGAUCUCCCCGAUCAUUCAGAAGAGUCCUGAGAAUCUGGUUCUGUUCGACCUCUUCGUUAACAUCCUGGCCCACAACCUGGCGGAGCCGGCCUACGAGGCCGACGUGGCUCAGCUGGAGUACAAGCUGGUGGCGGGCGAGCACGGCCUGGUGAUCCGCCUGAAGGGCUUCAACCACAAGCUGCCGCUGCUGUUGAGACUGAUCGUGGAUCACCUGGCGGACUUCAGCGCCGACCCGGGCGUCUUCAACAUGUUCUCAGAGCAGCUGAAGAAAACCUACUUCAACAUCCUCAUCAAACCGGAGAGACUCGGCAAGGACGUCCGUCUGCAGAUCCUGGAGCACAGCCGCUGGUCGGUGGUCCAGAAGUACCGGGCCGUCACCGCGGGCCUGACCGUCGACGACCUCGCGGCGUUCGCCGCCGGGCUGAAGGCGGCGCUGUACGUCGAGGGGCUGGUGCAGGGGAACUUCACCAGCACGGAAUCCAAAGAGUUUCUGCAAUAUUUCAUUGAUCUGAACACUUGUUCCCUCGCUGGUGUUUCUCCCGGUUUGAUGGGUGUGUUUGUGUUGCAGUCGGGGCUGAAGAACCUCCGAGAACACGCUCUGAUGGAGCUGAUGGUGAUGCACAUGGAGGAGCCGUGCUUCGACUUCCUCAGGACGAAGGAAACCCUCGGGUACCAGGUGUACCCGACCUGCAGGAACACCUCGGGGGUUCUGGGAUUCUCCAUCACCGUCGAGACUCAGGCCACAAAGUUCAGCACCGAGUUUGUGGAGGCGAAGAUCGAGGAGUUCCUGGCGAGCUUCGGCGAGCGUCUGUCGGGUCUGAGCGAGGACGCCUUCAGGACGCAGGUGACGGCUCUCAUCAAGCUGAAGGAGUGCGAGGACGCUCACCUGGGAGAGGAAGUGGACAGGAACUGGUUCGAGGUCGUCACGCAGCAGUACGUCUUCAAGAGGCUCAACAAGGAGAUCGAGGCCCUGAAGCUGUUCUCUCAGGAGGAGCUGGUCUCCUGGUUCCUGGAGCACAGAAACACCAACAGCAGGAAGCUCAGCGUGCAUGUCGUUGGUUUUGGGGUGGAGGAGAACGACCCAACAGAGCCGAGCGCCGGCUGCGGCCCGACAACCCCCGACAACCCCCCCCACCCCCCCCACCCCCCCUCCUCGUCCUACGGGGAAGUGAGCGAGCUGACCUUCCUGCCGUCCUCCUCGCCGGACGCCACGCUCAUCACCGACAUCAGAGCGUUCACCUCGUCCCUGCCGCUCCACCCGUACCACAAAAUCCUCAGCUAGGCCCGACAGGACGGAGCUAGAGGCCGCCUCCUAGUCAAAAUAAUAAUAAAGUAACCAUGACAACAGCUAGCGUUGAUGAUUGGUCGGAGAGGAUGCUGUCAGGGCGGGGGGGGGGCGGACAUCUCACACAUUUCAAGUGUUUUUAGUUCUUUUGUUUAAUGUGAGUUGGUUGUAAAAAUGCUGCAUUCACUUCCCGUGGGAAAAAAGUCUGAAUCUGGGUCUGUGUUUUAGAAGCAGGUCACGUGUGUUAAAUAAUAAAAUAACCACUUUUUUAUUUAGCAUGAAGGCACGACGAGUACAACAAAAUAAUAAAAUACAAUAAAACAUUAUGCUAAAAGUAUUCAAUAAAGCUCACACAUUAACUUUACAUUAACAUAUUAACUUUAACUUUACAUUGAUAUGUUAACUUUAUAUUAACUUUAUAACCAAUUGCAAUCAGCUGUAAAUUAACCGAAUCAUCGUUUAACACUGCCGAUAUAAUCGCUGCUAAAACAUUUAAUUUAUCUCCUCUUUCAACUUGAGAGCCUUUACAGCUUCGAGCGAUGAUAUGUUUCUGUUAAUUAAUUGAAUGCGUUGUAUAAAGAUAUAGCUCCUUCAACAAAUUAAGCAAGUUGCAUGACAGCAGGUUUUUUUGAAUCACUUCCUCUGAAUUAAUCUGCGAUUUGAGAAGCUGUAAAACAUUGAGUCGCAUGGCAGAAGCAGCCGUCCUGAUGCGUUCAGGCACGGCACGGAGUGUAGGUCACCGGCCUUUCACACAUCCCAAGCACAGUAAAAUAGAACGGAGAGUAAAAUGGAUUGAUUAAGAUAAGAGCUGAAAAAAACUUAAUGGUUUAGCCGCGAGACGUCAAAGUUUGAUUUAUUACUGCAGACAGAAGGUUGUAAUUAUCGUAUCCAAGCUACAGUUUACUUUUAGUUUUGUCAGGAUGCCCAAAAACAGCAUCUUUCUGCCUGAAAGUCAUCUGUAGUAAUGCUAAAUAUCAGCACAGAUAGAAGGCAUUUCACAAGUUUAGAAAGUUGGUUAAAAUGAUAUAACUUAAUUUUUCAGGGUCCUAAAAUUAGGGCCAGUUUUCCUCUGUUUGUGGCUGAUUCAUUACCCGUAAAUGCCCAGAGCUUGUCUCUGAUACAGCACCGUCCCUUAAGAUUAACACUGAUAGAAAACUCUGUUAGCUCAGAUUUCAAAUGGAAUAUUAUUUUUGGCAAUCGUAUUAUGUAACAGUCUGCAACUAUUAAAAAUCUAACUAACGUUGUUGCAUCUUGAUGGAUUUAAAUAACUGUUUACUAACUGUACUACUGUGAACUAAUGAGUCUGAUUAUUCCCAGGUGAAGUGAAUGCAGCAUGAUGACUCAGGGCUCUGGUUUAAAAUACAGUCAGACAAAAAAAGAAGGGCAUCACUGAUUAAUAGCAGCGUAUGUUAUGUGUAAACAUAUUAUACUGUGUGUUCAUACUGUAAUAAUAAUGGAUGUCAAAUGUAUUUCCUGAAUGUAUCUGGUGGCCAGUGAUUGAAAAAAAUAAAAAACUGGAGGCCGGAUAGUGCCGCUAAAAUCAUUUUAAUUAUUUGCAAUUGCAUUUCCAUGACAAUUAAAAUUACCUCAAUUAAGUG